CUGUACUGAGCAGGAAGAGCAAAACCAUCAAUAUCGGAUCAGUAAACAUUUAAUGUCUUCGUUAUGACAGCUAACGUGACUAGACCUAUUUCCGGUUGACAUUACUACAUAUGGUAGGUUUAAUUUGUUUUCUCUUUUGUUCUGAAUAAUACAACUAGACCAUUUUGUUGUUGCUAGUAUGAAAAUCACAGCACGUUUGUUUGGGAUGUAAUUUUGAUAUAUGCUCUUAAUAUUGUGGUGCCUAAUAUGACUAAUAAGGUUCAUCCAGAAGCUGAAUUUUAGUAAAAAUGCCUCAAGCUCCCAGAACAAAAAUGCAGACCAAACUGAGUACCUGGACACCUCUAAAUCAUCAGCUCUCCAAUGCUCAUGUUUUUGAAGAGAGAAGAAAUUUGCUUGGAAAAUGGUUUGAAAAGUGGACGGAUAGUCAGCGGAAGCAGGUGCUACAAGACUGUUUCUCCAGAUGCUCUGCUGGCCAGCUGAAACAUCUCAGACAGACUCUGAGCAGCUGGGUACCAGAGGACUCCCUUGACUUCACUAGGGUCCUUCCCAGGGUCCUAUCACUCUAUUUAUUUUCAUUCCUUGACCCCCGAAGCCUCUGCAGAUGUGCUCAGGUGAGCUGGCAAUGGAAAAACCUGGUUGAACUUGACCAGCUGUGGAUGCCUAAAUGCUUGAAACUAGGCUGGUACAUAACCUUUACUCCAACGCCAUUUGAACAGGGUGUAUGGAAGAGGCAUUACAUAGAGACAGUGCAGGAGCUGCACAUUAGCAGGCCUAAGGCACCCGUGAAGGAAGAGUUUAUCAUCCCUGAGGUGAAAGUAAUUGGCAGUGAGAUGGAGGGGUCACUUCCUGUGACCGGUCACAGGGAGUUGAAAUCUGUCCUCUCGAGUCUCCAUGGGAAAAAUAAAGAUGGGAAUGGCUUGGUGAAAUCAGCCAAAGGUCCUCCGCCAUGGAGAGACUCAGACAGGCAUCCCACUGACACAGUACGCUUUAACUACUUGGAUAACCUUGACCCAGCACUGAUAAGGGGAAAAAAGGAUACAAUAAGACAAGAAAACACUGUGAAAGCACUAUCUCGCUCAACAUACAAGCUGCGCAAGGCCAAAUCUUUGAUGUUUUUAUCCUUGGAUCUCAGUGCAGCUGGAAAGCAAAACCAAAACAGGCCGCAAUGGGCAGCACAGAACUUAGAAGCACUUUCGGCUAACAAGGACACUAUGAAGAGACUUUCCCAGACAUCCCAAUGGAAUGCAGGGAUACGUCCUGGUCCCGUUAGGCCUCCAGUGCCCAGACUGAGUAAGGAGGGGCUCCGUGCAUCACAGAGAUCCCGUAGAAGCACACCAACUGUGUCGCUUUUCGAAGGACAGCCAUGAAGGAGAAUCAAAAGUCAGCUUGACACAUAAGGCCCUCUACUGGAUGAUGUUGUGAUAGCAACGUGAGCGACCUGGAGACUAUACAAAGUUCAUUUAGCAUCAUGUCUUUCAUUUGAAAUGAUGCCACAACUUUAUGUUGAAAGACAAAGCACAGUACAUCCAUUGUUUUGUAUGAUUAUUUUGCACUUCUGUGAGUCCCUCAAAUGUGUUGCUGUCCACUAGAUGUCCCUGUCUGCUCAGGAUGUGAGUGAGCAAAUGAGUGAGAUGUGAUUUUUAUUAUCAUAAACCGAUUGCUGUCUUUACCAAGGAAAACAAAAACAGAAUAAAUAUAUUAAAUAAUUAUAAGAAAUGUAACUCAUAUUAAAAUAUA